AUGUAAUUGGAUGAGAGUAAUAAAACAAAGAAAAAUGAGUAGUCCAUCCUUAAAGAAACCUCCAAAAACAGAAAUAUAGUUUCUAAAUUACAAGGAAAUCCUGCACGAUUAUAGGGAUUGAAAGAUAGUUUCAAAUACUUUACAUUGUUAAAAAAGAAUCAAUAUUUGGAAAGAAAACAAUAUAGAGUUAGCAGAGAUGAGACAUUGGUUUGUUCCUGCAUAAUGUGUCCUGAAGAUCAAAUAUAAAGUCGACCUUAAGGUCCAUAAUAUUCGUAUAAUUGCGGUGAGAGAUGCUUGAAUAGAUUCACUUGCACAGAAUGUGAUGUAGAGUUGUGUCCAUGCGCAGAACAAUGCAAAAACAGAAGAUUUUAGAAACAUGAUGAUGCAUGUGUAUAUCCAUUACGUUGCGGAGGAAAAGGGAUGGGUUUGUUUGCUGGCGAACGUAUUUUGAAAGGACAAUUCAUAAUGCAAUAUGUUGGCGAGAUAUUUCAAAUAAAUAGUGCAUUUGGGAGAAGACGAGUGCAGGAAUAUUCGAAAUCUACAUGCACUUAUUUAAUGAAACUCAACAAUUAAGAAGUUAUUGAUCCAACAUCGAAAGGGAAUCUAGCAAGAUUUAUAAAUCACUCUUGUGAGCCAAAUUGUAUUACUGAGAAAUGGAAUGUGUUAGGUGAAGUAUGUAUAGGUAUAUUUGCCAUACGAGACAUAAAUGAGGAUGAAGAAUUGACCUUUGAUUAUUAAUUUGACGUAUUUCAUACACCCUUGACUAAAUGUCUCUGUGGAGCUAAUAAAUGCAAGGGAUACUUGGGAUUGAAGCCAACUGAUGUUACAUAAGAAGAGUGGGAAGAACAUCUGGAAAAUAUGGUAUGCAAAAUAUGUCAAACUAAAACACCAUAAGAUGAUGAAUAACUAUUGUUAUGUGAUAAAUGCAAUUGUGGAUUCCAUUUAUUAUGUCUUGUACCUCCAUUGUCAUCAGUACCAAAAGAUGCUUGGUAUUGUUAGGAAUGCUAGGAUGAGAAAAGAAUAUUGGCUGAAUCUGAAAAAGAGAAAGAAAAAAUAGAAGGCUUAUUGUAGUAGAAAGUUAAAUAGUUGAAUAAUGAGAAAAAGAAUAAGAAAAAGAUGGAUUCAUCAUCUUCUUCAAGUGAUUCUGAUAGUGAAUAUGAUAACAGAUAUAAGAUGAUGAAAUCUUUAGAGAAAUAAACAGUCAGAGAAUAUUUAUAAUAGAAAUAACAUUAAUAAUAAUAAAUUAAUAAAUUAGAGGAAGAUGUCAAUUAUAAUAAAAAAGAAGAUUUGGAUACUAAUACUUCAGAUUUACCUCUGACUUCAAAGGGCAUCAAAUCUACAGGCACUUCAUUAAACAACUUAGAUCAAUUUGUUAAACAGUCCUUUGAAUUUUAAUCACAGAACAGUGGUAAACUAUAGUAGAUGCAAUCUAUUGUUGAUGUAGCCUAAAAAAAGUUUGAAGAACAGUAUAAUGAUAAUAAUGAAUUGCAAUAAUAAAUAGAAUAGAUUCAAGUGUAAAAUAUCUAAAAUAUUGAUACUAAAAAGGAAUGUUUUAAAAUCAAUAUUCUUGAAUAGAAAGUAGUCAAAAAGAAUGCUCCAUUAAUUUAUAAGAUUGGAAACAAAAUCAGUUUUGAAUAAAUAGAUCAAUAAUAUGCAGAUUUCUUCAAGAAGGAGAACAACUUGACUGUCAUUGGUUCUGUCUAAUAGAUAAGUAUCUUCAGAUCAAUCCUAAUCAUGAUUGAAUAAAUUAUCAAAGAGCUGAAGAAAGAACUCGGAAUCAUAGAAGGGUAGAUUAAAGUACCCAUUAUCUAUUUAAAAAGAUUAAUAAUGAAAUUCAACAGUUUAGAUAAAAAACAAGAAGUUAACAUCAUAUAUAAUAAAUCAUUAGCUCAUAGUGAAGAGAUAUUUCCAAUGGACAAAGCUACUCCAAUUAAAAUUAAGGGGUCUAAAUAGAACAUCGAAUCAACUGUCCAAGAGAUAUCAAAAAUCUUAAAAACAUUAUGUGUUUAAAGACUGUAUAUAAGUAGAAGUGAAACUAAGACUGUUUAGCAAAACAUGUAUCAUCUAAAAUAACAUGCUGAGAUCCGUAUAUCGAGAGAUUCCGUUUACAAUGCAAAAGGCGAACAAACUUAGAGAGAUAUCAAUCAUCCAUUCUUUUACAUAUAGUAUAGGGAGAAGGAAGUCUGUUUGAUUGGAACUCUUUAACAGAUUUAAGAUACUAGUAAUGCUAUUAAAUUACUUCUGGAAUAAGAGACCAAUAAUGAAAAGGAGAUGACUUAUUUCACUGUUCUCAUUUCUCCACAAUAUAAGGAGCAAUGCAAAUAGGUUAAAUAGAGGAUUGAAAAGGAUUCUUCUUCUACCAAAGUACUCUUGUUUGAAGCCUCCCAUCCUAGAAAGAAUAUGACGAUAUUGAUAUUGUGUUUAAGAAAUCAGAUUAAAUAAACAAAGCAAAUGUUUUUUGAAAUGAUUUAAGAGGAUUGUCAAUUAAAAUUGGAAUAGUUUUAAGAUUAAAUGUCUAUGUAAAUGUGUAGAUAUGUUUUUAAAUACCUUUAAAAUACAAUGAUGACUAAUGAUAUGGCAUUUAUGAAGAAUUGGGAUCUUAUUACACCAUAUUUUUAUUAAUUCAACAUUAUGAAGUAUAGAGAAUAGAAAUUCGAUAAUUGGUUUGUUAAACGCUGCUAUCCAUCCUUACUUAGAGAUUAUGAAACCUAAUUGUAUAUCUAAUAUUGUUUAGGAAAGGAAAUCUAAAAGAAUUUAACUGAUUAGGAGUAAAUGUUGAGGAAAAGGAAUUUAAUCCUAUUAACCCGGAAAAUUCUAAAUGCAAUCUUAGGAUUUAAAAGACAUCAGCCAGAAUAAGCACAAAUAGAUGGAAACUUUUAAUAAGAUUCAUUUAGAAGAUAUAACAGUUUCUAAGAAGAUGACACUCCUAAAUUUUAAAAUUUGUCUUUAAUUUCAUUGAUAUCUCAUACAUCAUAAUUCAGCAAAAAAAGUGAUAGAUAAAAGGAAAGUAGUGAUAACAGUUCUUCUGAUUCAAGCAAUAAUUAACAUUAAAAAAGAUAGAGCAGUUCUGAAUCAAUGAAAAGUAGAGAUUUAUCUACUAAAUAAAAGCAUAAAUCUCAUCAUCAUAGAUAUAACUAUAAUUAAGAGAGUUCUAUUGAUAGGUAUGAUAAAUAUAAAUAUGAAAAAUCACACAAUUAUGAUAAAUCGAAGCCUAGAACUAGUAGAAGAUAUUAUGAAGAUAAUGAUCACUCCAGAAAUAGGGGGUAUAAUAAGAGAAGUAAUAAUCUAAACUAAUUUAAGGAUCUAGCAGUGAAGGCUCACAAAAAUCAUAAGAUUACAGAAGAAAAAGAUAGGAAUCUGUAGACUCUGAUAAAUAUAAAAAUAGUAAGUAUUAUAGUGGAUUUUAAUUUGAAAGAAGACAUUCCAAGAGUUACAAAUAUGAUUAUGAAAAGUCUACAAAAAUGCAAGAAAGCAAAGAAAGAUCUCGAUCAAGACAAAGAAACAAAUCAGAUAGUAGCGAUGGUUAUAGAAGAAGAUCUAAAUCAACUCAUAAAUCCAAGAAAUACUAUAGGAAGUAUUAUUAAGCCAAAAGUAUUUUUUGUUUUGGGAGGACCUGGAGCAGGAAAGGGUACUUAAAGUGCAAAAAUGGUCGAGAGGUAUCAUUUUGUUCACUUAUCUGCAGGUGACUUAUUGAGGGAGGAGAGAUCUAAAAAAACACAAAAUGCUGAAUUGAUUGAGGAAAUCAUUAAGAGUGGGUAAAUUGUCCCAAGUCACAUAACAAUUAGUUUACUAGAAUCAGCCAUGCAAGCUAAGGGUCUUGAUAAAAUGUUUUUAAUUGAUGGAUUCCCCAGAAAUUAAGAGAAUUUUGAUGUUUGGAUUAAAUUGAUGGGUGAUAAGGUGGAAUUUAAAAAGUUAUUUUAUUUUGAAUGUGAUGAGGAGACCUUAAAAAAUAGAAUUAAAAUCAGGGCUUAAGAAAGUGGAAGAUCAGAUGAUAAUGAUGAAACACUUGUUAAAAGAUUGAAAACAUACAAUGAAUCUACAAGACCAAUUAUAUAACAUUUUGAUUCCCUUUCACAAUGUAUCCAUAUAAAGGCAGACAAACCUAUUGAAGAAGUGUUUCAAGAAAUUACAAAGAAGUUAGAUGAAAUCUUAUGA